GGCGGGGCGGAGCUGCUCCCGGCUCUUGUCCAGCUCGCCCGCCCGCCCGCCCUGACUCACCCAGCCUGUCCCGCGAACUCUGCGGGAGUCCCGGCCGCUCCGCUCCCAGGGACACAGGAGUUGCAACAAGCGUCCGGCCCGUGAGGCGGGAUGAUUCCGGUGGCGGAGUUCAAGCAGUUCGUGGAGCACCAGCCCGCCUUCAAGGUGCUCAAACCUUGGUGGGACGUGCUGGCCGAGUACCUCACAGUGGCUAUGCUCAUGAUCGGGGUCUUCGGCUGCACCCUCCAGGUGACACAGGACAAGAUCAUCUGUCUGCCCAGUCAUGAACCCCGGGAGAACUUAUCAGAGGCCCCGUGCCAGCAGCUGCUGCCGCGGGGGGUCUCCGAGCCCGUGGGGGACCCCCGGGAGUUGAGCGGCCUCAGGAACAACCUGGACCUGCAGCAAUACAGCUUCAUUAACCAGCUCUGCUACGAGACGGCCCUCCACUGGUAUGCCAAGUACUUCCCCUACCUGGUCGUCAUCCACACUCUCAUCUUCAUGGUCUGCACCAGCUUCUGGUUCAAGUUCCCCGGCACCAGCUCCAAGAUCGAGCACUUCAUCUCCAUCCUGGGCAAGUGUUUCGACUCUCCGUGGACCACGCGGGCCCUGUCCGAGGUCUCCAGGGAGAACCACAAGGACCCUGCCGCCGCCGGUCGGGCAAUGGUGACCAUGGCAGCGGCGGCGGCAGGACCGGGGAAGGCAGGUGAGGCUGAGAAGGAGAAGGUGCUGGCGGAGCCCGAGAAGGUGGUGAUGGAGCCACCGGCUGUCACCCUGCUGGACAAAAAGGAGGGUGAGCAGGCCAAAGCCCUGUUUGAGAAGGUCAAGAAAUUCCGCGUGCACGUGGAAGAGGGGGACAUCCUGUACACCAUGUACAUCCGGCAGACGGUGCUCAAGGUCUGCAAGUUCUUGGCCAUCCUGGUCUACAACCUCGUCUACGUGGGGAAGAUCAGCUUCCUGGUGGUCUGUACGGUGGAGACCUCGGAGGUCACGGGCUAUGCCAGCUUCUGCUGCAACCACACCAAGGCCCACCUCUUCUCCAAGCUGGCUUUCUGCUACAUCUCCUUCGUGUGCGUCUACGGGAUCACCUGCUUUUACACACUCUGCUGGCUCUUCCACCGGCCCCUCAAGGAGUACUCCUUCCGAUCCGUGCGGGAGGAGACGGGCAUGGGCGACAUCCCCGACGUCAAGAACGACUUUGCCUUCAUGCUGCACCUCAUCGACCAGUACGACUCCCUCUACUCCAAGCGCUUCGCUGUCUUCCUCUCCGAGGUCAGCGAGAGCCGCCUGAAGCAGCUCAACCUCAACCACGAGUGGACGACCGACAAGCUGCGGCAGAAGCUGCAGCGCAACGCCUGGGGCCGGCUCGAGCUGGCCCUCUGCAUGCUCCCGGGGCUGCCCGACACGGUCUUCGAGCUCAACGAGGUGGAGGCACUGCGGCUGGAGGCCAUCUGUGACAUCACCUUCCCCCCAGGCCUCUCGCAGCUAGUGCACCUGCAGGAGCUCAGCCUGGUCCACUCGCCAGCCAGGCUGCCCUUCUCCUUGCAGGUCUUCCUGCGGGACCAGCUGAAGGUCAUCCGGGUCAAGUGCGAGGAGCUCCGAGAGGUGCCCCUCUGGGUGUUCGGGCUGCGCGGCCUGGAGGAGCUGCACCUGGAGGGGGUCUUCCCCCUGGAGCUGGCCCGGGCGGCGACCCUCGAGAGCCUCCGGGAGCUGAAGCAGCUGAAGGUGCUGUCUCUGCGGAGCAACGCCGGCAAGGUGCCCGCCAGCGUGACCGACGUGGCCGGUCACCUGCAGCGGCUCAGCCUGCACAACGACGGGGCCCGCCUGCUGGCACUGAACAGCCUCAAGAAGCUGGCGGUGCUUCGGGAGCUGGAGCUGGUGGCCUGCGGGCUGGAGCGCAUCCCCCAUGCCGUCUUCAGCCUGGGCGCACUGCAGGAACUGGACCUCAAGGACAACCACCUGCGGUCCAUCGAGGAGAUCCUCAGCUUCCAGCACUGCCGCAAGUUGGUCACACUCCGGCUGUGGCACAACCAGAUCGCCUACGUCCCCGAGCACGUACGGAAGCUCCGGGGCCUUGAGCAGCUCUAUCUCAGCCACAACAAACUGGAGACACUGCCCACCCAGCUCGGCAUGUGCUCUGGCCUCCGCCUGCUGGACGUCUCCCAUAACGGGCUGCACUCCCUGCCGGCCGAGCUGGGCCUCCUCCAGAACCUGCAGCACCUGGCUCUCUCCUACAACGCCCUGGAGCUUCUGCCCGACGAGCUCUUCUUCUGCCGCAAGCUGCGGACACUGCUCCUUGGCUACAACAACCUGAGCCAGCUCUCGCCCCAGGUGGGGGCCCUCAGGGCCCUCAGCCGCCUGGAGCUCAAGGGCAACCGGCUGGAGGCACUGCCGGAGGAACUCGGCAACUGUGGGGGACUGAAGAAGUCGGGGCUCCUGGUGGAGGACACCCUUUACGAAGGGCUGCCGGCAGAGGUGCGGGACAGGAUGGAGAUGGAGUGAAGCCAGGGAGGGGCAGGUUGCGGUAGAGGCCUUCCGGAUGCUACCACCCUGGAAUCUCUACUGUUAUCUUCAAGGGAGGGGGGCCAAGUGAGCCCAGGCCCGGAGAGGAGAAGCAGACGUGUCAGGCUGGUGCAGCCCAGGCAAGAUCCUGGGCUUGGCUUGUCUGGGAGGCUGUGGAUCUGGGGUGGAACAUCCUGGAGGGAUUAACUCAGUCAUAAGACUCUCAGAGCAAAACCACACCUGUGUCUUUGGCUAGCUGGCCUGCCCCCAGCCCUGGGCCAGAGCUGCUGUUCCCCCCAGCCCACUCCGAACAUUCUGGCUCAAUCAAUGCCACGUAUGGGGGUGGGGCUCAUCCCGAUGGGAUUUCAGCCCUCUCUUCCUGACCAAAACAGCUUAUAUCUGGGGUUCUCUCCCAAGGAGGGGACACAGACGCAACGGACAAGCUCCCCCCUCCUCCACCCCCAACUUGGAUGUUAAUCCCCUAUUUAUAAGUUGUUUGCUGUGGACAUCUGAACUCAGAAAAAUGGUUUUCAUAUGUGACUAGGCAUCAAAAUCAACAUCACCAAAACAAAACAUCCCAGGCCCCACCCCUGAAAGACUGACUCAGGAGCUUUGCCUGGAGGCCAGGAACUUGCCGGUAAAUAUAAGCAUCCCAGGUAAUUCUGACACAGACAGACCCAGGCCUGUGUGUUGGGAAAUGCUGACCUACAGAGUAGAUAUCUGGGUGUCUAGAGCAGGGAUUCUGAACUUUUUUUUAGAUCCCUAGAUGCUUUGAGAAAUCUGAUGAAAGCAGGGCACCUCCUUCCUCAGGAAAAUGCUCACGUACACAUAUAUGAAAAGUUCUGCAAACAACUUGAGGCAAUCAGCAGAUUCCCCCAGAUCCCCUAGAGGGCUGUUUAUGGACAUCCUAAGGAUCAGGGACCCCAGGUUAAGAACACCUGCUGUGGAGGGUACAUUUUUCUGAAGACAGGCUGGGACUUUGUCUUUCAAAUGUUCCCUAUGCGAGGGAGUGUAUAUCAGUGGGUGCUUAAUAAAUGAUACUAUGAAAACUAUAAUCUUGAUCCCUUGUGUCCACUCCUGUCAUAGUCCAAGCUUUCGAU